UUUCCUAUUUUGCUCUCUUAUUACAACACGUGUAGAGAUUAAGCUAAAGCUUAUACGUCAGUAAACCAUAAUCUUAAUAAUUCUAAAAAUGAGUUAGCAAUCACUGACGGUAAUCAUAUUUUGUUGCGGAAGAAUGGCUUGACAGAUGUUGUUCGGCUGUGAACAAGUUCCUGAGAUCAGUCUAUGUGUAGACUUGGUUGCCAAGAACAAGUCUAACUAAAAAAGAUGGCAAGUGCCGGCGAAUCUUUCUUUGAAGGAGCGGAAAAAUUGCUUGAAGUGUGGUUUGAAUUUGACGAUGACAGUUUGGAGUCUAGCCUAAGAAGCAUUGACAGAAAAGUAUGGGAAGAAUUGUUGAAGCUUGUUAAAUGUGAAAUAAUAAGUCGCACUGUUGAUGAAGAUAUGGAUGCUUAUGUACUGAGUGAGAGUAGUAUGUUUGUUACUAAAGAUAGGUUUAUUUUAAAAACCUGUGGAACUACUACCUUGUUAUAUGCAGUUAAACCUCUCAUUAAAUUGGUAAAAGAAAAGUGUAGACUCAAACAGAUUCUUGAUAUUUUCUAUUCGAGGAAAAAUUUCAGUCGUCCUGAUUUGCAAAUUGGUAUGCAUAGAAAUUUUUCAGAUGAGGUCAGCCACUUGGAUAAGCAAUUCAGAAAUGGUGCAGCUUAUAGUCUAGGUAGAAUUAAUCAAGACUGCUGGUAUCUUUAUACAUUAGAUAAUGCUGGAGUUGAGAGACCAGACCAAACUUUUGAACUGUUAAUGUGGGAUAUGUGUCGUGAAAAGAUGAGAGUAUUCACCAAGGAUGUGUCUGAAAACGGCUUGGAUGCUACUAAGAGAUCUGGUAUAUGUGACAUAAUACCUGGUGCCAAAAUUGAUGAAUUUCUGUUUGAUCCUUGUGGAUAUUCUAUGAAUGGUUUACUUCCAGGGGGUUAUUAUAUCACCAUACAUGUAACACCAGAAGAAGAAUUUAGCUAUGUCAGUUUUGAAAGUAAUGUUCCAAGGGAAUCCUAUGAUGAACUUGUUAAGAAGGUACUGGAGGUUUUUCGACCAGGAAAAUUUUUAAUGACCAUUUUUGCUAACAAGGCAUCAGUUGCUAAAGAUUGUCACAAGGAAAUAAAUGAUGCAGAGAGUCUACAGGGCUAUGUUCGUCAGGAUCAUCAAUUCUGUAUCUUCAAGAAUUAUAACUUGACUUACACUAUGUAUAGUCGUCCUAUCCUAUAGGAUACAAUGUGCAGGGGUCUCAUUAAUGAUUCUACUUUCCCUAACAAGCUUUCUUUUAAUUUCAGGGAGUCCACAAGAUUUCUUGAUUGUUUGAAAGGAUCUCAACUAAAACUGAGAUCGGAAAGUAGAAAUCAGAGGCCUGACUGCACACAUCGUGUAUUUUAUUCCCGUUAUGUUUAUCUUAUUGCUGUCAUUUUAAAAAUUAUUAUGUAUUUUGUUCAUUUAUGGAAGUCGCACCAAAGUUGGAAAAAAUAUCAAAUUCGCUGUGGCUUCAUUUUACGCAAACCUAAAUAAUAUUUUUGUCUUAUCUUACUAUGGUUGAGAUCACAAUGGCUAAUGCUUUACGAGCUGUUUGCCAUACAAAUAACAGAGUGCAGAGGGGAAAUCCCCAUCAUGAUGAGAGGUGUCAUGGGAUAGAGCUGCACAGUAGAAGUCAAUAUUUCAUCAUUCAUUGUCAUGCUUUUGGCCACUUCUUAAAGUCUCUAAUCAUCAUUUUAGUGAUUUUGAAUUCCUUGCAAAGUAAACUGCAAUAUUGUGGAAGUAGUACCUCUCUCUAAAGGAGAUGUCAGUCCAAAAAUACUUCAGUUCUGUUCAGUAUUUACAAAGAUAAUGAAUUGAAAAUUUGUUAACAUUCUCUGCUGUGAAAGUUGAAUCUUUGAAAGGAAUUCAGUUAAUUAAGAAAAGUCAAAAUAUCAAUGCUAGAUUAACUUCUGGCUUGGGUGUAAAAUGGGCCUGUGAAAGAUUUUCAUGAAAAUCUUAGGUGGUGCUGGCUGGCUUGCCUUGACUAUUUCCCAUUGAUAUCUGUAGAGAAUGGCAAAUAUUGACAAUUUUGAAUUCAUCAUAUCUUUGUGAAUUCAACCAUUUUUAACUUUUAAAGAUAUAAGUUUAAAACCUUUGUAUUUUCUAUGGAAUUAAACAUACCUCAAAUGACUAUCAGAGACUAUUAAGUCGUGAAUAAUAUUAGAUCUUGUCCAAAAUAUGAACGUGCAAUAAAUUGACUAGUAAUAAAUUUAUCGGUGGUCAAGGAAAGCUCAUAGAAGAUUCUGACUAGAUACAUAUCAAUAGUAAACUGGUAAAACAUUCAAAAGGUCAGCUAAAACAUCUGCCCAUUUUCUAAGCAAUGAAAUAUUGAUCAAAUUUUAGAAGUUAAUCAAACCAGACAAAAUGGACAGAAGUGGAAGUCAUUAUUUAGGAAUUAGAUAUUUCAAAGAGGUUUUUCCAGAAGUUACUUAUAGUAAAUCCUACCUCUAUAUUUACUGAUACUUAGCCUGAUGGUAAAACAUUUUAUCUAGUCUUAAUAAUAUCGACAUUGUUCUAAGUUGAUAUUACUUGAAUGGGUUGAUCCUGUCCAAUAAGAAUUUGGUUAAGAAAACUGAUUUGCAAACAUCUAGAAUUUUUGCACCUUUUAGGGUAAUAAUUGAUCUGUUGUUUAUAGAGCAUUUUUAUCUUUGGUUGAGGGAGAUAAUAACUUUAUUGGAUUUUUUUGAGAGGGUGAAUAAAUAAAUAAUUUUACAAAGAGGUAUUGUAUAUUUAUAGAUUAUUAGAAAUGUAUAUUCACAUGUUGUAGAAGUAAUUAUAUCUAUCUAUAAAUUAUUAGAAAUGAACACUAUUAAAUAUAUAUAAAUUCUCAUCCCGGUCUCUAAAAAUUGAAAAAUUGAAAAUCAAAUUAUUGUAUUUAAGUUCAUGGAUAAAAUGAUUAACUUAAUUCCUAUUUAAUAAAUAGUAUCCAGUAAUUUAUUUUUUAAAAUACACCUACUCAAUUUUAAGUAGCUUUUACAGCUUACAAAUUAUUUUAUUUUCAGUUUAAUAAUGUAGUUACUACAAAUAAACUAAUAGCUUAUUACUUAAAUAAAUAUUUACAUUCAUUCUAAAA